AUGCGAUUCGAGCUCCCGAGAUUACUAGGACUGGGUUUCCUCUGCACAUCGAUUUGCGGGGGUUCCGGUGGAAGAGAGCAAAGCAAGAUCACUCAUCACCCAGUCUUGCCACCGUCUUAUCCACUCGCGGUUCGCAAUCCUUACUUGUCAACAUGGAUGCCUGGUGAUCGUGUGCACCGACUGCCUUAUGCCGAUUCUCAGUUCUGGGCGGGUCAGGAGCUUGGAUGGUCUGUUAUUGUGCGCGUAGAUGGCCAAGCGUAUGGUUUGAUGGGUGUUCCUGACUUGGAGGCCAGUCGUAUUCGCCCGGCAAAGGUGCGCCAUACGGAGUUCACUGCUACCCACUCAAUCUUCGAGCUCACGGCAGGACCUGUGUCGUUCACUCUGGACUUCUUUUCACCUGUUUCACCCUCAAACUACCUGCGCCAGUCACUUCCUUUCAGUUACUUGACGGUCGAAGUCACAAGGUCGCAUGGUCAGGAUAUCCAGAUUUACUCUGACAUUGAUGGAAAAUGGACGGGUCGAGAAUGUCGCUCGGGAAGAGACUUUGAAGAGCACGAUGAUCUCGCUAUUCACUCGCUUUCGGUGGAAGGUGCUGCGACCUAUGACGAGGGGAAUGAUAUGGCGCUUUGGGGUCAGGUUAUUCUGGCAUCUCGCCCAGGAAAUGUGAGCUCGCUCUCUGCGCUCGCAGGAGAGCCUAAGGCUGUGCGAGGACAUUUUACGAAGCAUGGAGAUCUAUCUACGGGAGACACAACCUGGUCCCAUGGAAGCGUUAUAGCUCUGGCACACGACUUGGGUACUGUCAUUGGUGAGGCUUCCGUCAACUUUGCUGUGGGCUACGAGAGAAAAGAGGCCAUCAACUACUUGGGAGUAGCAUACACUGGGUACUACCGGGCGGAGUAUCCCACAACCCACGAGGCCCUUUCCUUUUUUUUCAAUGAUUACGAGGAUGCCUAUUGGGAGUCCUUAGAGUUUGAUCGCGAAUUAAAUACCUUUGCGACCGCUGCAGCCGGCCCAAAGUACGCGGACAUUGUCGCUCUGUCGACUCGACAGGCAUUCGGAGGAAUCGAUUUAACAAUCCCCAAUGACUCUCUUGACACUGACCAAGUACUGGCAUUUAUUAAGGAGCUCUCCAGCGAUGGAAAUAUAAACACCAUCGAUAUCAUCAUGCCAGCAUUCCCCAUAUACUGGGUCCUUGACCCGGAUUGGAUCCGAUUGUUGCUUGAGCCAGUAAUGAAAUAUCUUGAUGCGGGCCGCUGGCAUCUUCCAUACGCCAUCCAUGACCUGGGCACUCACUAUCCUCAUGCUAUUGGUCAUGAUGAUCAGAAAGCGGAGGAAAUGCCGAUUGAGGAGUGUGGGAAUCUACUCAUUCUAGCCCUCGCCUACACGCAGGCCACGGGUGAUACGGACUGGUCUGAUCAAUACACUGGCAUUUUUCAGCAAUACGCCGAUUAUUUGAUCGAUAACACAAUCAACAUGGCUAAUCAAUUAUCUUCUAACGAUGCCGCUGGGCCCCUGCCCAAUGAAACGAACCUGGCCAUCAAGGCAACUGUGGGGAUCAAGGCAUUUGGUAAACUGAGUGGUAUAGACUACUACUCCCGAAUCGGUGAUGAAUAUGCCGAUCUAUUCUUCACUCAGGGUCUAGGCACAGAUGAGGAGCAGACCCACUUUGUGCUCGAAUAUCCCGAUUUCCCAGACUCAUGGAAGACACCGUACAACAUUCUCCCAGACAUGUUACUUGGACUAGAAACCUUCCCUCGUGCUGCAUAUGAAAUGAGCAACGAAUUCUUCUCCACCUCAGUCCGCGGAGAAUACGGCGUCCCACUCGACAACCGGCAGGACUGGGCAAAGUCAGACUGGAACAUGUGGUUGGCUGGUACAUUCAAUGAAGAUACACGAGAUGAGUUUGUAGAUGACCUAUGGGCCUUCAUGACAAAUGGCAAGCAUAACUGGCCAUUCUCUGACCGUUACGUGGCAACAUCUGCGCAUGGAAAUGAGGCUGGGGUUCCAAUCCUGUGUCGAGCACGACCGACUGUUGGUGGACACUUUGCGAUCUUGGCUUUGAACGGUCCGGCUUCGAUGCAGUCUCUGUCAGUUACUCAUAAGUCGAGUAAAAAGAUGAGUAUGGUGCAGGUGGUUAAGGACCAUGGCGUCGAGCUUGUGCUUCAGGCCGAAAUGGAUUGA